AUGUCAGCAAACGUGACAGCAACGAUGAAUGGAACACAGUCCAUGUCGAGCUGCUUCAACCCCACAGCGACAAGAAUUGGUGAAACCUUUGCCUACUGUCUGCUAUUUGUUGUGUCGCUGGCUGGAAAUAUCCUCAUUGGAAUUAUUGUCUACAAGGAAAAAGCUCUGAGAACACCAAUCAACAUUUUGAUUGUAAACAUGGCAAUCUCCGAUCUGUUGUACCCGAUUAUCUGUUUUCCUCUACUUUUUGUAAGGUUAAACACAGCCAGCCACUGGCCGCUCAGCGGUCCCCUUGGCUAAGCGUUGUGUAAACUGAGGAACUUCUCUACUGAUGUCUCCAUUGCUGUGUCCAUUCAGAGCCUAGUUCUGAUAGCAGUGGAUCGAUUUGUAGCUGUGGUAUUUCCUCUCCGUCCCUCACUGAUCAGUUCAAAGCGAUGCAGGCUCUUCAUUCUCGUAAUUUGGGUCGUCGCCAUGGCAGUCUCUUGCCCACAAUUGCUUGUGUGGAAAGUUGUCGAGAAUCCAGAAGUGCUGGUUUGUCAGCGGGAGUGGAAUGACAAACUUAGAGAGUCCUCAUGGAUUAAAAACUACACUCUGGUAAUGAUCAUUGUAUUCCUCUAUGUCCCUUUGGUUUUGAUUGCCAUACUUUAUUUUUCCAUUGCCGUAAGAAUUAAAUCGCAGCAGAUUCCAGGUGAACCUUCAGUAAACGCAAGAAAACAGCGCUUGAAGAGAGAAAGAAGUGUUCUGAAGAUGUCCGUUGCCAUCGUGUUCGUUUUUGCAGUAUGCUGGCUGCCAUUCGGUAUCGUUUUCCUCUUAUUCUUGUUCUCAUCAGACAGCGCCAUGAUAUCAUCUUGCGCCUUCCAAUACCCUUCACACAUUGCCUUUUUUCUGGCUCGAUCAUACUGCGCUGUAAACCCUUGUAUCUGUUUCAUAUUCAGCGGUAAUUAUCGUCAAGGUCUUAAGAACCUCCUC